GUGGAAUAUCAGGAUGAGGAUGGUGGUUUAUUUCACUCUGAUGCUCACAGCAGGGCGAUGCUCGGAUCAGAUGAUAGAGACGAGGACUGUUGCUGUUGGAAGUGAUGUGAAACUGAGUUGUGCCCGAGAGUCCUCAGGGAGCGUGUUUUGGAUCAGACUUGUUCCUGGAAACGUUCCUGAAUACUUAAUGAAGUCAAAUAGCUUCAAGAAUAAUGGUCACAUUACAGCCACUCAACAGCCUGGAACAUUGGAUCUGCAUAUUGACAAAGCAAGUCUGAGAGAUGCUGCAGUUUACUACUGUUUUAAAACCUUCCAAAAAGGCUUAACUUUUUUGAAAGCAACAGACCUGAGGGUUGGAGUAGAACCUGAUUCCAGUGCAGUCGCUCCAUCUGAUCCGGUCCGUCCAGGAGACGCAGUGACGGAGGAGAAGUGUCCGGUCCCCCGGGACUCUGAGGUGAAGACAUGUCCAGGAGAACACAGGGUGUGCUGUGCGAGAGCGACGCCACAUCAAUAUGAGCCACCGUUUAAUGGAAACAGUGUUGAAGAACAUGAGGGGAACGCAGAGGAACCGCCAACAGAGGAACGUGUCUACAGCUUCUUCAUUAAGGUCGGCUCCUCGGAUGAUGGAUACCAGUACUGUGCUGUGAAAGCAUGUGAGGAGAGAUUUACUAGAAAUGAAACACAGCAAGGAACUGAAGACAAUUUGCAAAAAGACAUCAUUGCCCCUUUGCUAUGUGCUGCUUUGGCCACAAGUCUGAUUGUUAUUGCCAUUCUUAGUUAUUCAAUCAAGAAACUCAAGAAAGAAUUGUGUGGUGUUUGUAACGCUGCUGUUUUUCUGAAAUCCAAAGUUGAGACAGCCCCUGGUCAUCGGCACAGUCAGCAGACUGAGGAGGAUUUAUUGGUUUAUUCUGCACCGACUUUUUAUGGUAGGAGACCUAAAAUGGGAGGAUCAAUGAAUUCCACAACAGAGGAGGGUGAAAGUAUCUACGCAGAUGUCAGGGUCCAGGGGUCAGAUCAACAGUCCAACAUCGGAUCAGCAGUCCAAUAUCGGAUCAACAGUCUAACAGCAGAUCAACAGUCUGACAUCGAAUCAACAGUCCAACCUCAGAUCAACAGUCCAACAUUGGAUCCACAGUCUAAUAUCAAAUCAAGAGUCACUCAAAAGGAAUUUUACAUCACUGUUGUAGACACAAGCAGAUUCAAACAUACAUCAUCAUGCUCAUGAAUUCAUUUAAUAGUUUCUAAAAGGAAUACUAUGAAUAUAAGAUUCAAUUUAACAUUCAUCAGACAAAAAAGCUGAGGAUUGAGUGGAGGAAAAGACAUAGCUGUCACAAAGACGCAGAGCGGCUCCUCCUCUACUUAACCACCAUCCUCUGCCUCAAUCCUCCGGUAGUCAUUGCACAGGUGUAUACUUUUUUACAUAGUCGUUAUAUCUUAUAUAUCUGUUCUAAAUUUUUUGUUGUCCUUGUUUUAUUUUUUAUAUUUUUCUUGUUCUUUGUUUGUUGAGACCAAAAAGGAAAGACAGAACCACCCGGUGUACGCCUGCACGACUGAAAGAGCUAAUUCUGCAUCUAAUGAAACCACAUCCUCCAACGACUGCAAUGGAAACCUUGUGUGGUGCGGCUCGUUGACACAGACGCUGUUUGGAUAUGCGUCAUGAAUUUAAGCCCAGCGACUCACCUGAGAGGUUUCUCUCCAGACUAAAAACGCCUAUCAUUUAAUUUGUAAUGCCACCAAAAUGCUACAACUGCUUCUUACAAUGCUACUAGCACUUUGAGGGGGAAUUGUAGUAACGAUGACUGCUGUAAGCUGCACAUCUGAUCUGCCUUAUCUUCUGUUAGCAAAAACUCUGGUGUCACCUGGUGAAUCAAUGGAAAUCUGUAUCUUCUUUCAAUACAUGAAGUAUUUGGCUGAGCUAUUGUUUUAAUGAAUUGAUUGAUUGAUUGGUUGAUUUUAAUGUUUUAUUUUCUU